UUGAAAAAUGUUGAAUUUAGACUACGAAGAAAUGUUUAAGAUAUCCAUAUUGGCUUUGAAAAUAAAUCGUUCGUACCCGACGAUCCCUAAAGACAAGUUGUGGAUAUGUUGCGUGAUUCCCAUGUACGGUUUUUUCUUCUUCGUCUUCUGUUUGAUCAUAAACAGUACGAUAUUCCACGAUCUAAAAAACGAUAAUUUCACCGCCGCCUGCACCAACGGUAUAUUCGCAGUUCUUUUUAUUUGCGUCUCCUUCAAAUACUCAGUUUUGUUAACGAAAACGGAAGAUAUAACAUUUGCCAUGAAUAAAGUUAAAGGCGAUUUCGCGGCCGCUAUGCGUUUAUGUUCUGAUGAGCAAGCUAUAACCUCUGAAUACGCUAACAGAGCGAGCUGGGUAACGAAAGUAUGGCUUCUCACAUCUUUUUCUGUCUUCUCCGUAUUUCCAACGCAGGUUAUUGUGUUAUCUAUCUACUACUACGCGAUUGGAGAUUUUCAAUUCGUUCACAUGUACCAGAUGACGUAUCCAGAAUUUUUAGAGACGCAUAAGAAUGAGACGUACACGUAUCUGUUCUUGUUAUUCAUGCAGAUUUAUUAUGGGCUAUAUGUGCUGCUCAUGUAUGUAGGCUUUACGCCUUUGGGGCUUAUUUUCAUGUUGCAUGCGUGUGGGAGGAUAGAGAUUGUGAAGUAUAGGAUUAGUAAACUGUUUGAAGGGGAACAUUAUGAUCCGCGAGAGAUACAACAGCGAUUGAAGAAUAUUGUGAUGCCUUUGCAAGAUGUAUUGGAUUUUGUAGAUCUUUUAAAGGAGACAUUCCGAGUAGUUUACGAGGUAUACAUGAAAGCUACCACUAUUGUCAUCCCGAUUGCAUUAUACGAAAUCCUUGAGGCAAUGAAAGAAGGGCGCCUCAGCAUUGAGUUCAUGACGUUCAUUGUUGCUGGGGUCGUGCUUUGCUUUGCGCCGUGCUAUUACAGCGAUCUACUCAUGGAAAAGGGUUUAAGCCUCCGAAUGUCAGUGUACGCAAGUGGGUGGGAAGCGUACCCGGACUCGGCAAUGCGCCGGACCCUCUGCAUCAUCAUGUGCCGAUUGGAGAGAGACGUGGCCAUACGCACGCUGUUCCGAACUGUUAACCUGGAUGCCUUUUCUGAGCUAUGUCACCAGUCCUACGCCCUCUUCAAUGUGAUAAACGCCGCUUGGACUUAGUUCAACCGAAAUCAAUUUUAUUUACUCUCAAUC